UUAAAUAUAAUUCACAUAUCCACAUACAAAUGAUUUGUUGUUAUGUGCUUUAAUUAACAAGAAAGUGAAAAAGAAUAAAAAAAACAUUUCAAAUGCCAAAUGUAAAUAAAUAUCCAAUUUGGAUUCGAUAAUUCUGGCCACCUGUGUUUGUAUUAAUUUACACUGGAAAUGGCUGAAACCAGCUGCAAUUAGCAGGAGCAGAGCGUGGCACAUGGAUUCGGGCUUUCAGUUUCAAAUGUCAGCGCCAAUGCCAUGCAGCUGCCACUCUGGUUUCUUUGUGUGGCAUCUGGAGGUGCUUGCCUUGUAGAGGCCAGUUCUUGAAGGAAACCACCAUCACCUCCAUCUACAGGGCCAGGGAGACCUUCCACGGAGAAGUGAUUGAGGAGCCCUACAUGAUGGCCCUGUACUUCCGGAGUCGCACCCGCGGCUGGUUCUGCGUCGGCUCGAUCAUCGAUCCCCGGUGGGUAAUCACCGCAGCCCACUGCACCAACGGCAGUCGGACAGUCCAGCUGGAAAGGCUGCUGCCACGAUUGCGGCUUACCCUGACUCAGCGGAACAUCUUCCAGCAUCCCGGCUUCAAUGCGAGGCUAAACCACGACGUGGCCCUCAUCCGGGUGCCGCAGCUGCGCCUCUCUCCUUUGCUCAACCGGGUGAAACUCCCGGCCAAGAGUUCCAGGGCAAACCUGUUUGUGGGUGCCACAACCUGGGGCUUCGAGUGGCCGAGGGACAAGGGCACCAGGGGCACGGAGCUGGUGGUCAUGAAGAACGAGGACUGCAUCCGCGCUGGCUAUAGUAGGAAGGUCGUGAUCGACAGCACCCUGUGUGUUGAUGUUCCGCCGGGGAAAUCUGUGUGCGCCGUGGACGAUGGAGGCGCCCUGCUCCACAACCCCAGUAGAACCCUAAUCGGAGUGGUCUCCUUUGCCAGUGCCGGCGGAUGUCUGGCGGGUGAGCCCGAAGGAUUCUCACGCGUCACCAGCUACAUGACCUGGAUAAGCCAAGUAACGGGAAUAGAGUGGGCCUAA